CCGGGUGUACCACGACGGCUGCCUGCGCCGCAUGGGCUACCUGCAGAACGACAGUGCUGUGGAGGUGACAGAGACAGCACACACCGAGACGGGAUGGAGCUGCUACUACUGCGACAAUCUCAAUCUCCUGCUGACAGAGGAAGAGAUGUACAGCCUGAUGGAGACCCUGCGGCACUGCAAGAUCAUUCCAGAGACCUGCCUGACCCUGGACGACUUCCUGCACUACAAGCACCUAGUGCACAAGCAGCAGUUCGAGCGGCCCAUGGCUGAGGCGCAGGAGGAGCAGGCAGCCCUGCAGUUCUCAGCCCUGGACCCUGACAAGAAGCUGGCGCUGGACCAGGACAGCGAUGGCUUCAUCGGGGAGAGCGAGUGCCGCCGGGCCCGGCACACCUGGUUCCGCAAGCACCAGAAGGAGACGCCAUCCUGCAACGUCAG